ACACACACACACUCCCCUCUGCUCUCCGAGCCGGACCCGGACCCGGACAGCUCAGCCCGACGGCCCGGCAGGCAGCCCCGGCAGCGGAGGACUCAUCCAGGCUUCCAGGCGCCGGCCGCAGCCCGCUGUGACAGUGGACCUAAUAUCGCCUUACUUUGUGGACAUGGGAGACAUGGGGGAUCCGCCGAAAAAGAAGCGGCUGAUAUCUCUGUGCGUGGGCUGCGGGAACCAGAUCCACGACCAGUACAUCCUGCGGGUCUCCCCGGACCUGGAGUGGCACGCGGCCUGUCUCAAAUGUGCGGAGUGCAGCCAGUACCUGGACGAGUCCUGCACUUGCUUCGUCCGGGACGGAAAGACUUACUGUAAACGGGACUACAUCAGGUUGUACGGGAUUAAAUGCGCUAAAUGCAACAUCGGCUUCAGCAAGAACGACUUCGUGAUGCGCGCCCGCUCCAAGGUCUACCACAUCGAGUGUUUCCGCUGCGUGGCCUGCAGCCGGCAGCUCAUCCCGGGGGACGAGUUCGCUCUGCGGGAGGACGGGCUCUUCUGCCGGGCGGACCACGACGUGGUGGAGCGGGCCAGCCUGGGGGGACCCGGAGACCCGCUCAGUCCGCUGCACCCAGCCAGACCGCUACAGAUGGCAGCAGAACCAAUCUCGGCCCGGCAGCCCGCGCUGCGGCCUCACGUCCACAAACAGCCGGAGAAGACCACCCGGGUCCGGACGGUGCUCAACGAGAAGCAGCUGCACACGCUGCGGACCUGCUACAACGCCAACCCGAGGCCCGACGCACUCAUGAAGGAGCAGCUGGUGGAGAUGACCAGCCUCAGCCCCAGAGUGAUCCGGGUCUGGUUCCAGAACAAGCGGUGCAAGGACAAGAAGAGGAGCAUCCUGAUGAAGCAGCUGCAGCAGCAGCAGCCCAACGACAAGACGUGGAUGAUGUGUAUACUGGGUGCUGACCACGGACACGUCCUCUUACAGAACAUCCAGGGAAUGACCGGCACCCCGAUGGUGGCGGCCAGUCCGGAGCGGCACGACGGCGGCCUGCAGGCCAACCCGGUGGAGGUGCAGAGCUACCAGCCGCCCUGGAAGGUCCUCAGCGACUUCGCCCUGCAGAGCGACAUCGACCAGCCGGCCUUCCAACAACUGGUCAGUUUCUCGGAGGGAGGACCGGGCUCGAACUCGACGGGCAGCGAGGUAGCGUCCAUGUCGUCUCAGCUUCCAGACACACCGAACAGCAUGGUGUCCAGCCCCAUCGAGGCCUGAGGAGACUUCAGGAGACAAUGGAGACAAAUGGACGGACUGAACUGAAACACACAGCAAAUCCCCCGUUCAUCCCAUCCCUUUCCGACUGCACCAAAACAACCCCCCUGGUUGUAUUUUUGACACUGUGAAGACAAUCAUG